GGGAUGGGGGUUCGCAUAAGGUACGUGUUUAUAACAAAAAUGCAAACAGAUGACAGCGUACACACAAUACAUUAGCUUGUGCAUUUUUUGUGGAAUUAAAACGAUGUAAAUCUACACGUACAUGUAUUAAAUGUGCGGAUUGACAUAAAAUUGAACAUGUAACCCUCAUAGUGCCUCUGUAUUUAUCAGCGCAUGUAGGCUUUGUCGAUAGUCACAAUCACAUGCAUUAUCUUUUCAGAAAAUCGUUUUUAUCGCAUCGGAGUACUAACUAAAUUGUGAAAUUGUACACGUGUAUUUGCUGAAAAUUACAACCAACGAGUGUUAUUAAACGGACAAGCUUAUGUGCUGGCCUUCGUAAACUAAUACAAAUGGCGUGUAUAACGUGCAAAAUUGAGAAGUUACCAAAUGAAUUUCCACCGUCAACGGUUACCGAAAACUGUUUUCAUCCGAUUCUGUGCUGCCUAAGAUGCACAAUGAAAGCGGUAAAGGACACCUCAAAAUGCCCGCAUCCUGACUGCAAUCAGCCCGCCAAACUGGCAGAUCCAACACUGAAGUUUUUCCAAGCCAUACUGGACGACAUGUUUAAGAUGUACGAUGUGACAGAUGACUACGUUCCUACCUUUACUCCCAAUGUGUCGGGUUUGAACAAUGGACGGUUAACAGUUUCGCUUCUAACAGGAGAGAGUGUUACGAUUCCUUUCAAUCCCAACAUGGAUGUUCUGGAGCUGAAGUUGAAGGUUCAGCAAGAAUUGAAGCACGAUGUGAACAAACAGAAACUGCUCUACAGGGAUAAGGAACUCACGGACUUUUUGGAGAAUGGGUCAAAGGCAAGACUUAAUCAAUUCAGCGUGCAACCAAACUCCACAAUUAUGCUUGUGGUGCUACUGUUUGCAAUUCCUGAGAAUUUCAAUGACGUUGUGUUCGAUUUGUACUGGGGCUAUCCGUCUCACGGUCGUGAUUAUCUAGACGCAUCGUGUCUAAUGUUCAGUGGGACGCAGUUCUACUCCCUUUGCGAUUUUGGUAACACUCGUCCUUGUACUGCAAUACGUCAUUCUGGUGACAUUAUGGAUGACCUCGGUCGAAAAGGACACCAUACAAUGAACGUUUCACUCAAGAAUAUGCCAUCUACCGUAACACAUUUGUUCUUUACUUUGAGCGCGUGGUCUUCGCCGAACAUUUCCAGAUAUCCGAAUCCCAGUUUGAAGUUUUACGAGGCUUCUAAACCUGGUAAGGAUCUCUGCAAGACCACAUUCCAGCACGCUGGGGCAUAUCAGGCCGUGGUCAUGUGCUCGCUGUCACGUGGCAAGCACGGUAAAUGGGAGAUCUUCGAGUCUGGAAAAUUAUCAGCUGGAAAUGCCAUGAAUUAUGAACCUCUAAAAGCAACUAUUCAAAAGUUGAUUUCACAGGGGUUUUAAAACAUGUUUGUAAAAGAUUUAUCGCAUUCCAUAUUGAAAUCGUUGAAUUGACUGUAUUUACUCGGUAUACUAAUGUUCGAAUAAUUGUAUGUAUUAUACUUUUUACUUAGCUUGUGCGCGAUAUGAUUAUGUUAUCGCUAAUAAUUGAUGUAUUGAA